CUCAUUACUCUCGCAACAGUCAAAACACAAGACCCUCUGAAAAUCUCUCUCUCUCUCUCUCUCUCUCUCCACUCAAACUAGAACAGUUUAGGCCAAAGCCAAAUCCCGUACAGUCUCCGUUCGGAAAUGGCCGAAUCGUGCGCUCGGAAGCUCGUCGUGGAGGUCUGCCACGCCAAGAACUUGAUGCCCAAGGACGGCCAGGGCACGGCGAGCGCGUACGCCAUGGUCGACUUCGACGGCCAGCGGCGGCGGACGAAGACCAAGUUCCGGGACCUGAAUCCGCAGUGGGACGAGAGGAUGGAGUUCCCGGUCGACGAUGCGGAGUCCAUGCCCUCGGAGAUGCUGGAGAUCAAUCUUUACAACGACAAGAAGACCGGCAAGCGCAGCACCUUCCUCGGCAAAGUGAAGAUCGCCGGGAGCGCCUUCGUCAAGUCGGGGUCGGAGGCGCUCGUCUACUACCCGCUGGAGAAAAGGAGCGUCUUCUCGCAGAUCAAAGGCGAGCUCGGGCUCAAGGUCUUCUACAUCGACGAGGAUCCCCCAGCGGCCGCGGAGGCGGAUCCACCUGCGGAGAAGGAAGGCAAUGGCGAAGUGGAGAAGAAGGAAGAGGAUAAGCCUAAAGAGGCAGAGAAAAAGGAAGACGAGAAGCCGGCAGAGACGCCGCCGGAGAACACGAAGGCAGACGAAGCUCCGGCGACAGCUCCGCCGGCGGCCGCAGUGGAGAAUCCGCCGAUUGCGCACUCGGAGAAGCUAAAGCAUUUGAAGGAGAGGCCGGAGAACGGGAAAGCGGCUGUAAACGACCUCGAGCUUCGGUCUCUGUCGGGCGAUCGGAGCCGCCGGAGCGCGUACGAUCUGGUAGAUAGCAUGCCCUUCCUCUACGUGCGCGUGGUGAAAUCCAAGCGCGGAGACGCCGAUUCGAAAUCGCCUGUGUAUGCCAAUCUCGUGAUCGGCACUCACGCUGUGAAAACGAAGAGCCAGAGCGACAACAAGGAAUGGGAUCAAGUCUUUGCAUUCGACAAAGAAGGAUUAAACUCGACGCAUUUGGAGGUCUCUGUGUGGAUCGAAGAGAAGAAGGAAGGUGAUCAGACGGUCGAGACUUGCUUGGGAACGGUCUCGUUCGAUCUGCAGGAAGUGCCGAAGCGAGUGCCGCCGGACAGCCCGCUGGCUCCGCAGUGGUACACUCUUGAGUCAGAGAAGUCGCCGCCGCCGGUAAAUGACGUCAUGCUCGCCGCGUGGUUUGGGACCCAGGCGGACGAGGCUUUCCAGGAGGCCUGGCAGUCGGAUUCGGGCGGGCUGAUUCCCGAGACCCGAGCCAAGGUGUACCUGGCUCCCAAGCUGUGGUACCUGAGGCUAACGGUUAUCCAGACCCAGGACCUGCAGUUAGGUUUGGGGCCCGAGCCUAAGGUUAAGACUCCGGAGCUCUACGUGAAAGGUCAACUCGGCGCGCAGAUCUUCAAGACGAGCCGGACCUCGGCUGGCUCGUUGUCGUCUGGCUCGUCUAACCCGACGUGGAACGAGGAUCUCGUCUUCGUCGCUGCCGAGCCAUUCGAGCCGUUUCUGGUGAUCACGGUGGAGGACGCGACGAACGGGCUGUCUGUGGGCCAGGCCAAAGUACACGUGCCGAGCGUCGAGAGGUGGACAGACGAUUCCACGGAGGCAAGGUCGAAGUGGUUCAACUUAGCCGGGGAUGAGAGCAAGCCGUACACAGGGAGGAUCCACGUGAGAGCGUGCCUGGAAGGUGGAUAUCACGUGCUCGACGAGGCGGCUCACGUGACCAGCGAUGUCCGAGCCUCGGCUAAGCAGCUGGCGAGAGCUCCGAUUGGUCUGCUCGAGGUGGGCAUCCGAGGAGCGACCAACUUGUUGCCGGUGAAGACCAAAGACGGAACUCGCGGGACAACGGAUGCUUAUGUGGUGGCCAAGUAUGGGCCCAAGUGGGUUCGGACGCGAACCAUCCUCGACCGGUUUAACCCGCGAUGGAAUGAGCAAUACACCUGGGACGUGUACGAUCCGUGCACGGUGCUCACAAUUGGCGUCUUCGACAACGGGAGGUACAAGCGUGACGAUGCGGGUAAACCCGGAAAAGAUUUGAGAAUCGGCAAAAUACGCGUCCGGCUAUCGACGCUCGACACAAACCGCGUCUACAUGAACUCAUACUCGCUGUCCAUGCUGCUACCUGGUGGAGCCAGGAAGAUGGGAGAGAUCGAGAUCGCUGUACGAUUUUCAUGCUCUUCAUGGCUCAGCUUGAUCCAGGCCUACACGACGCCGAUGCUCCCUAGGAUGCACCACGUGCGCCCGCUAGGCCCGGCACAGCAAGACAUGCUCAGGCACACGGCAAUGCGGGUUGUGACAGCCCGGCUGGCCCGGUCCGAGCCACCGCUCGGGCAGGAGGUGGUCCAGUACGUGCUGGACUCGGAUACACACGUGUGGAGCAUGAGGCGGAGCAAGGCCAACUGGUUCCGGGUGGUGGGCUGCCUGUCCUGCGUGGCAAUGUUCGGCCGGUGGCUCGAUGGGAUCCGGACGUGGGCCCACCCGCCCACCACCGUGCUCAUGCACGUGCUGCUCGUGGCCGUCGUGCUGUGCCCGCACCUGGUGAUCCCCACCGUGUUCAUGUACGCCUUCCUGAUCCUGAUCCUGAGGUUCCGGUACCGCCACCGGGCCGCCCCAAACAGCAUGGACCCAAGGCUGUCCUACGCGGAAGUGGUAGGCCCCGACGAGCUCGACGAGGAGUUCGACGGGUUCCCGACGACGCGGCCUUCCGAAGUGGUCCGCAUCCGGUACGACCGGCUGCGGGCCCUAGCGGGGCGGGCCCAGACCCUCCUCGGGGACGUGGCUGCCCAGGGGGAGCGCCUGGACGCGCUCUUCAGCUGGCGGGACCCUCGCGCGACGGGGCUGUUCGUGGCGUUCUGCCUGGUGGCGUCGCUGGGGUUCUACGUGGUGCCAUUCAAGGUCUUCCUCCUGGGGUCGGGGUUCUACUACCUGCGGCACCCCAGGUUCCGGGACGACAUGCCGUCCGUCCCGGUCAACUUCUUCCGGCGGCUUCCGUCGCUCUCCGAUCAGAUGCUCUAGUCAAACGAACCACCGGAACACGUGUUAGCUUGGGGGAUUAAUUUCUUGAAAUUACUAAUUAUUUUUUUAUACUCUUUUCGCUUUUUACGGGGUUCGAUGAAAAA